AUGGAAUCCCAUAACCUGAGCUCUCCCCUUCCCCGCUGCCUCCCGGCCUCCUCCUCCCCACGGGUGGCCGCGGUCCUGGCGCCAGUGCUGGGCGCGGAGUUCGUGCUGGGCCUGCUGGGCAACAGCCUGGCCCUCUUCGUCUUCUGCGCGCGCACGCGGCCCUGGACCGCCACGGUGGUGCUCCUGGCGAGCCUGGUGGCGGCGGACUUCCUGCUGGUGGCCAGCCUGCCCCUGCGCGUGGACUACUACCUGCACGGCGAGGCCUGGCGCUUCGGGGCGGCCGCCUGCAGGGCCAGCCUGUUCCUGGUGGCCGCCAACCGCUCGGCCAGCGCCGCCUUCCUCGCGGCCAUCGCGCUGCUCCGCUACCUGAAGGUGGUGUGGCCGCACCGCGCGCUCAGCCGGGCCUCGGGGCGCGCGGCCGCCGGGGUGGCCGGGGGGAUCUGGGCGGCCAUCCUGCUGCUGCACGGGCACCUGCUCCUGGCCACCCCUCCCGCGGGGUCCUGCAUCAGCUACCAGCUGGCCGCGAACCCCGGGGCCUGGCAGCGCUGGCACCAGGCGCUGUACUUCUCGGAGUUCUUCCUGACCCUGGCGCUCAUCCUCUUCGCCAUCACGAGCAUCUGGCGGACCCUCCGGCGGCGGCGCCGGGGCCUGGGCGGCCGGGCAGGCCCGCGGCGGGCGCUGCGGGUGCUGGCCGCCGUGGUGGCCGUCUACACCGCCUGCUUCCUGCCCAGCGUGCUCUUCGGCGCCGCGUCCCUCGUGGCCCUCCGCCUGCGCGCCUGCCGCGUCCUGGACGUCUGCUCGCAGCUCUUCCACGGCUCGCUGGCCUUCACCUACCUCAACAGCGUGCUGGACCCCGCGCUCUACUGCUUCUCCAGCCCCAGCUUCUUCCGCCAGUGCCGGGCCCUGCUGGGCCUCGGCCGGGGCUCCCAGGGCCCCGGGAGCGAUGAGAGCUCCAGCCAGCCCCCUGCCCGCGCCCAGGAGGCCCCCAGGAGGUAG